CUCCGCAGCGGCGGCCGGAGCUGCAGCCGCCGCCCGCCCGUCGCAGCGCCGGCGCUGCCGCGGUGCCCGGCAGGGAAGAUGGCGCCGUCCCACGUCCUCAAGUGCUGCCAGAAGGUGCUGGCCUGGGUGCCCGUGGCCUUCAUCGCCCUGGUCGUGGCCUGGUCCUACUACGCCUACGUGGUGGAGCUGUGUGUGUUUACUAUUUCUUCAACUGCAGAAAAAGUUGUCUACCUUGUGGUUUUUCAUCUGUCAUUUGUCAUGUUUGUAUGGUCCUAUGGGAAGACAAUUUUCACAUCUCCUGCAACCCCCUCUAAUGAGUUCUGCUUGUCAAAAGCUGAUAAAGAACAAUAUGAAAAAGAAGAGAGACCAGAAUCCCAGCAGGAGAUUUUGAGAAGAGCUGCUAAAGACUUGCCUAUCUAUACAACAACAGCAUCAAGAGCAAUCAGAUACUGUGAUCGAUGCCAGCUGAUCAAACCUGACCGCUGCCACCACUGUUCUGCAUGUGACAUAUGUGUAUUAAAAAUGGACCACCACUGUCCAUGGGUGAAUAAUUGUGUGGGAUUUUCUAACUACAAAUUCUUCCUCCUGUUUUUAAUGUAUUCCUUACUGUACUGUUUGUUUGUUGCUGCUACAGUCUUGCAGUACUUCAUAAAGUUUUGGACACUUUGCCACAGGAAAGCUGCAGAGAAUUGUCCAAAGAAUGAAUUGCCAGAUACCCAUGCAAAGUUCCACGUACUAUUCCUUUUCUUUGUGGCAGCCAUGUUCUUCAUCAGCAUACUGUCACUCUUCAGCUACCACUGCUGGCUAGUUGGCAAAAACAGAUCAACUAUAGAAACAUUUCGUGCACCCACAUUUCGAAAUGGUCCUGAUAAAAAUGGUUUUUCUCUUGGAUGUAGCAAAAAUCUAAGGGAAGUUUUUGGAGAUGAAAAGAAGUAUUGGCUACUCCCUAUCUUUACCAGUUUGGGUGAUGGAUGUACUUUCCCAACUCGUUUGGUGAUUAUGGAUCCAGAGCAACUUGCAGUCUCAAGCCAAAAUGAACCUGCCAAAAGCUCUGUAGCCAAUCAGUCCUUUCCUACUCGACCACUCAGUGAAUCACAAAAUCGGUUGCUAGCUGGUGAUUGUCAGUGGGUGGAAACUGGCCCUGAAGAGGAAAAUGUGAAAUCAGGUGCAAAAAAGCAUAUUAUAGUUUCAUUGGAAAGCUGAUCUCAGCUAAUUACUAACCAACCAUCUCAGUGAGAAACAGGUUUCUGCAACACAUUUUGAGCUUGAAUAUUACUUAAUUUAAUUUGGAAGAAGUUGAGCAGGAAAAAAUGGAACAUGAACAUUCUAGGAAGAGACAAAAGAAAUUCAAGUUUCUGCACAGUACAAUGGAUUCUUGUAAGCACUAUUGCAGAGCAGGGAAGUUAAGACAGAUGCCUUAAGAUUCUUAAUGUGCAUUUAUGCAACACUGAAUUAUAUACUGCUACCAAAGGGCCAGAUCCAGAAGUGCCCUGCUUGGAUGCACAAGGUCCAGAGUGGGAACUAUGCAUUUCUGUUAUGCUGCAGUGGUGGGGGUAGAUUGCAGAGACUCCUACCUCCUCAUGGGCAAACUUCAUACCUUAGGCACUGCAGAAGUCACUUCCAUAGAAGGUCUCCAGAGUACAGAAGGGGAAAAAAAGGAAAAGGAAGGAAAAAAAAAAUCAGCAUAGAGCAUGGUCAGCAAGUCUGAAGUGGGAGUAUACAUAGUUCAGAUUGCAGGCGAUGGGGAAGGGACUGGAUGAUGUCUUCUCUUUUCCUAUUAACCAGUCUACCCUAUGAUCACAGCUCUCCAAGUCUUUUGGGACUGAGGGUUCCUUCUACUAGCUGUGCUUUGGAGCAAGGCAAUGCCAACAACAUAAAAGCCUUUAACUUGGGUGUUGCUUUUUUGCUAUAAGAUUGAGCUUCCUCAUCAUUUUAACUUGAUUUAUUUAACCAUAUCAAGGACAGAGCUCAAAGAAGAAAACUUGGGUUUUAGUUGAAAAAAACAUGGAUUAUUACUUUCCAACAAUUGUUGGUCAGCCUAUAAGGAAAGGCCAGUCCAAAAAGGAAUUAAAAGUUCUUAUAUUUUCUGUUACUCUUCGCUGUGUUCUGUGUAAGGCAGCAGUAAAAUGUAAAGUACCCCUGAGAAAAACCAUAUUGCAGUUGUGUGUUGCUAGAAAAUGGAACCAGCAGACUACUGCUUUUUCCAUGGGACUCUUCAUGGUUUAUAAAUACUGUUUUAUACUUUUGUUUUAUCUUUUUAAUAAAGGCACGAGGUUUUAUUGGUUCUAAAAUACAAAUAUCAAGUACUUACAAGAAGAUUAGUGUUGGAUCAUAGAUCUGUGUUAGCACACUGAAAAAUUGCAUCCUUUAGUCUCCCACUUUCAAGUCCAGUUUAAGUGAUGCUGAAAUUGCUAAAGACUUGAUGGCUUUGUGCAGCAAUGUGCCUGUUCACAAAAGGCAAAAUGUGUUUCCUGUGUGAGGAAUCAAGUCCAUCCCAUCCUUAGCUCAAGACCUACAGCAAACAACAUGGGGUUUUUUUCUCCUCACCCCUCUAUAGAGAAGACUGCUAACUCAUCUUUGGGUGGUAUUGGAAUUUUGCACGUGGAAAAAGUGACAAAUACGAUUUUUCUGUCUGUAACUUUUCUGAUACUCAGCUGAUGCUGAUUACAAACAAACAUGAGCCCUUUUGAUACAGACUAAAGGUAGUAGUCAAAUUGAUGCUCUAGUCCAAAAGAACCUGUUUGGUUUGUCUCCCAGACUGAUUGCUACUUGCGUUAAAUAUGUUUAGGAUGGAAAUACUAAGGUAUCAAGUAUACUUCAAGGUUUAAAAUAAGUAUUUUUUUGUCUUUGGAUAUAAUAAAUUUUUCUUAAAUAUUAAUCUUCUGGAAAAAGAACUCUUUGAGAACCUAUGAACAUGAUUUCACUGUUGGAUAUUCUUGAGACAGACGUAAUGGUCCAAACUUGCAUGUUUUAUAGAAGUUGCAGAAUGUUUCUUCAAACUUUGUAUAAGAAAUUUUGCAAUUGCUAAUUCCAAAACUUACAAAAACGUUUGCUACACAUUAGUCUGAAAGGUUUAGCUUUUUCUUCUCAAAUGUCAAGUGAGAAGUGCCCAUCUGAAUAUAAGCUCUCAGCAGUAUUGCACCAGCAAAAUUUCUUGGGGAAGAUAAGAGAGAAGGAAGACAGCACAUUCAAAUGGCUUGUUCUGAAUACCAAAAUUUGCAGCCCCAAACACUGGUGGAACUGUCAUGGAGGGCCUGGGAUAUCAUCCGGCUUUUACUGCAUCAGUGUAUUAUAGCUGAAAUAACAUGUCCAUGCACAGACAUCAUCUAGCAGAACUAUAAGCAAAGUACAUGUCAGAAUCCUAAGUAUCACUGAUUCAGCAGUAUGGUCUCUGCUCCCCCCACCUGCUCCCCAAAGUGCUUCAUAUAACCCCCCAUGAAUGUAUGUAUCCUGUAGGCCAACAUCAGUAGAACUUGUUUGAUUUCUUAAGUCAGGAUAGUGAAUCUACAGGAAAAACUGCAAGUAAACAGACUAGGCUAACUCCAUGUGCAUUCUCUAGCGAGUGCUGCUCUUCUGAAACCACCUCUCUGUGUAUCUGAUGGACAUUUUUGUGGCUUUUCAUGAAGAACUGACAUUUUUGACAUGUUUAGGCAGAUCACAGGAGUAUUUUGUCCUAGAUUUUUCCUCAUAUUUGAAGUGAGAAAAGGACAGCAGUGGUUUUAGAUAAUCCUGAGGCCAGAGUUAGCAGUGGUUUUAGGAUAAUCCUAAAGCCAGAGUUACUGUUGGUGUAAAAGCAGGCAUUACUGAAAGUCUCUUUGACAAAUAUGAAACACAGUAAAAUCAGUCACAGAUGAUUCUUCCACAUUCACCACCCCCAACCCCUUUUAUUUUUUUUUUCAUCUGGGGAACUGGGGACUAAGGGAAACCCCAGGCUGAUAUAAAGGAAUUAAGUUCUCUAAGGGAAUUGCACUGCUGAACUCUAAGGGCAUGCCAGUGAGUGGGAUGGAGGGGUCAGGGCAUGUCUUAAGGCAGCAGGAUGACAUCCUGUGCCUUUGGGUUCUGUCCUGAGUGCUCCCUGUGCUGUGCCAGGCAGUCUGUGAGGCAGCAGGAUGGCUGGCUGGCUGGCUGUUGGGCUGCAGGGAGCUGUACGUGUCCCGGCGAGCAGAGGCAGGGGCUGCAGGAAGUGGCUUCUUUUGGCCCGUGCACAGAAGAGCUGGAACCUUCCAGUGAAUGCAGUGAGAAGGACAUGUGCAGAUCAGAAGGGGGAUGGAUCCUGAGAAAACAACUGUUUAGCGUGUUUGGCCGUGUCGUAAAUGCUGGUUUGUGCUUUAACUUACUCUGUAUCAGGGAGUCUUGAUUGUCAUUAAAAAUAGCAGCCCUUAAGCUUUUAGAUCCAUCAAAGUAAUGACUAUUGCAAGCCAUAUGUAGUAGUUAUUGUAGGAUAGUUGACAUUGACUGCAAUUAGAAACUGCUUUCGUGUUUCUUACUGAUUUUCUCUUUUAAAAAAUCUACAUACACUCAAAAAAAUGGCUUUAAAUUCCCAAUGUGAGGACAGAAACCUGAUGAAGGGCAAGAUUUCAGUGUGAUUUAUCCUCCGUAUUUCUGAAAUGUCUUGAAAUAAACCUGUCCCUGUGAAUAUGAGGCAGGGAAAUCCAUAAAUAGAAAUUACUUAAAACUGCACAAUAGUGGUGUUUUUCUUAGUGUUAUUUACUCACAGAGUGUACAACACACGCAUCAUUGCUGUGCCUAGCGAAGGCGUAUUAUGGGAGGAGGGCAGGAAGAGGAGUAGGUUUCUGUCACUAAUUAAUUGACUUCCUACAGUAUUAUUUUGAGACUGUCGUGAUACAAGUAAGAUGUGAUUAAAAACCUCCAUUUUAAAUAUUCAGAGGGUUACUUUAGAGGAAGUCUGGGCACUUCUAUUUUUAGUGAUUUGAGUAGAAAUUAUGGUAACAUUUUUGUUAAAGCUGCCUCUUGAGUGUGGAAUUUGCAAGUACCAAGCUACUUUUGGUAUGCUAUUCUUACAAAUUGGUCCUGUUCUCCAGAGUGCUGAAUACCUACAGUUUUCAGGUACUGUGUUUUUCCUUUGAUCUUGUGUGGUUCUUUAUUAUAAAUCAUCUUUUGGGUUGGGAUGAAUUUCAGUCCCACUGGGUAUGCACACAAAGACUUCAUGAUCUAACUCAAAUAUGGUCCAGUUGUAGCUAAGCAGAGCCCCAAGAGGAGGGAAACUGCAGCAGUGUUUGCAGCAGCAUUUAUGUCUGGCAGAUUUACCAAGAUGUGCUGAUUCUGACACAGAUUGACCAAAUCUGCCUGGAUCUGGAGCAGACUGACCAGAUUUUUAUUGGAAGUUAAAUAACAACAAAACCACAACAGCUUUGAGCUUCAUAGUGUAUGUUCUCCAAAGACACCCUCUAAAAUUGUGUCUAAAUGGGGGAUUUGGGUGUCCAUUUAGAGAGGCUCCAAACAGCAGCUACUUUUAGCUCAAGAACACGUCUUUUCACAGUACCUAAAAACCAGCAAGGUGUGCAAUGUCAGAGGCUCUUCUCUCCCUAAGUGGCACCAAAGCGAGCAGCUGCACAUGAAGUGAUUUAGUACUGAACACAUUUGUUACUUUUAUCAAUUUAUUUUGUAUAUAGAGCUUUAUACACAUUUUUCUUAAUUAUGUAACUGUCAUGAAACAACAUGAAGUUACAAGUCGUAGUUUGUUUUAAUGCAGGUUAAAACUGGGGUUUGGCCAUUUGUUUUCUGAAGCAAUUACUUGAAUUUGUUUCCAUUAGGUAGUGAAGUCUGAUAAUGUUUACAGGAUGUCUUUCUUUGGUUUGGGGAGGUUUCCCCAUCUUUCUUCCCACCCCCUGUCCCAAGAAACAGAGAGCUCAUGCUCAGCAGUCAAGCAGACAUGUCAGACAUGAAGUAUUUGGGUUACUUUUAUUGUCACCAAAGCAUUGGUGGUGACAUGCUGAUUCCCUUCCAUUUACACUGCUUACUGACAACUUAAGGACUUAGCGUGGUCCUCUCUGAUUUUUCCUGUCCCUUAUCCUGUUACCAGCUUUAUUGUGGGAAACUUAAAUCUUCCUGAAGGACGAUUCACAAUCAUAAAGCUAUCCCAGAAAGAGGCAGCAUUCCUGCUGUUAAGUCUGUCCCCUUUUUAACUUAGAUGAAUGAAACAUCCCUGGGUUAUCUCUGCAGUUCCUUUUGUAUUUGCCAGGAAGGGUCAUCAACAUUUGCACUAAUCACAAUGUCCCAGCUAUUCUGCUUCCACAAAGUUAUUUUUAAUUGUGCUGCCUAAACCUGUAAUGAGCUGUAUUUAAGUUUGGGACGACGUGUAGAAGAUACCUGUAAUAAUGACGUACUUACUGUAUUUUUUUGUAUGUUACAGAUAGGACUCAUCCUAUGCACAGAGAAAAUGUUGCCAUUUAUAGUUUAAUACUUGAAGUAACUUUUUAAAACGGGCUUUUAUAAAUGAAUUAAAUACAAAAUCACAUUGCUUUGCCUGGAAGUUCCUUCAUGUUUUAAUUGAAUUUGCAAUUUCCCUGUACGUGUACUUUUCCAUAAAGUUCUCUCAAGUCAUUUAUAACCAAUGAAAGUGCAUUCAAGAUUUUGUACAUCAGUGUUCAGACUUGUUCAUACUUCUCUGAAGUAUAAUUCAUGUUUAAUGAAAAAGUACUAUUUUAAGCCUCUUUUCCAAAGUUAUAUGAAUGGACUUGACACUUGAAUUCAUCAGUGAAUGCAACAUCAACUUAAUAAAAGUAUGUGAAAGAAUCUGAAAA